AUGUCUGCAGAGACUUUGAGGCUUGGGAGCCAGGAGAGUCUUGGGGCCUCCAGGUCCUCGCUGGAAGCAGAGACCGAUCCGAAAAAGGUCUUGUUCGCAAGCCCCUCUGCUACAAUGGUUUCGCCGAAGCCGACCAAGAGCCCUGGCAAGACGACUUGGGUGGACAACCGCCCCUCGAAAAGGGAUCGGAGCCCCGCUGGCUCCGCGAACGACUUCGCGAACUCCUCCGCCAACACGGGACGUUCGAGGCAGAUGAUCUCCUCGGCCUGGGAGUGGGCCAAGACCCGCAAGUUGGUUCGGGUUAACCCCGUUCACAAGGAGGAGGAGGCCAAGCUCAUACUGAGCGAGGUCUUCGAAGUGAAUGAGGAAACUGGUGCCGAGACCAGCAUGAAUGGAACCCUGGAAGUUCAGGAUGAGUCGGGCUUCUUGUUUCAGAAUGACACCCCCUCGGUGGCUGAUUCGGACGAUGCUAUUCUGGCUGCUUUCAGCGAUGCGAGCCGGGCCGACGAGAACAAACCGGAAGCUGCCAAAGGCUCCUUCAAGCUGAACUUCCCCACGCUGGGCAAGGAUCAGAGCCCGGCUGCUCUCCUCACGGACUUCUUGGAGGAAGCCCUGCAGGGCUCCACGCAUCCCCGGGCGAAGAGGCUUCAUGAGCAAAUGAAUAUGAUCUUGCAGCAGCUGCAGAAGUACUACAAGGAGCUGACUGCAAAGCAGGCUGGUGCUAUCCUGAAAGCCCCAGACCAGCCCUUCAACGACGAGGUCAUGAGGCUCUAUGCAGAAGUCACGAAGCAGGAUGUCAUCUUGGGAAACUUCCUCACUCGCUCGAGGCACAUCAAGAACAUCAGUUGCAGCAGUGGCGGCUCGUCGGCCGCCGACGACUUGGCUGACGAGCUUUUGAUAGGCUUCGAGGUAGACAGUGCUCGGCGAGUGGCUAGGCUGGCCAGAGUGGCCAACAGCAGACUGAAGAAGCACGGCAUCAUGGAUCCGAUGCUACGAGUGAUGGGCGGUUGUGCUGACAACAAAGGCAACGAGUGCCGCAACCUCCAUUCAGUAAUCCAUCAGUCUGGAAAGACACUUCCUGUGAUGGUGUCAACAACAAAAACAAAGAUCCUGAUCCUCAGGGGCAAAGUUCGCACAGAGGAGGUUGAGUGGCCCGUGUUGCUGCUUUCCGAUUGGUUUCGAACAGUAUGUGCCUCUGGAGGGCAUAUGAUGUUGGCAGGCCACAGCUUGGAUGAACCGGAUAGAUUCGGCUCAGUCUUUGCGACUUUCUGGGAGCGAUAUAAGUUUGUGAACCCCGAGCAUAGCAUCUACGAUGGCUCUUUGGAUCUACGGUUCGCCAUCCCGGUGGCCUGCCACGGGGAUGAAGGAAGAGGAAAGAUAAAGAAACCUGUUAUGCACUCCUUUACAUCCCGGUUGCUGUUCACCGUCAUGCCUGCAGAGUUGUACUACAAGAAGCAAACUCUCGACAUGCUACAUACUGCGAUGGUGAACGACCUGCAAGCCUGCUACAAAGAUGGCAUUACUGUGACACUUCCGAUCGGCUGGGUUUUCCUGUUUCGUAUUUAG